GUUCUCUCAGUAGUGACACAUUCUUUGGAUUUAUUGAAAACUUUGAUAUAAAGUGUUUAUUUUUUAUGUCUAUCCAUUUAUUUGUUUACUGAAAUUUAACAACGACGUAGAUAAAUUGAGCUCAAAGAAACAGAAAUGUUUGUUGUAACUUCUCGUUUAUGCUUCUGGAUAUGUGUGGCCGUCAUCACUUGUUCACAGCACCAUGCUUCUGCGGAGCAGAAAAUCAUCACAGCUGAGUCUGGACAGAACGUCACUCUGACGUGUCGAGCUCCAAAGAACAACAUCAUCUUAGGUGUAGACUGGAGCAGAGCUGACCUGGGAGAUGAAUAUGUCCUUUUGUACAGAGAUGGACACUUUGAUUCAGCCAACCAGCAUCCAUCCUUUAAGGACCAGGUGGAUCUGCAGGACAAACAGAUGAAGGAUGGAGAUGCGUCUUUGAUCCUGAAGAAUGUGACGAUUAAUGACACUGGAACAUACGAGUGCCGCCUGAAACAGAGAAGAACAAACCGCAGGAAGAGAGCUGUUUAUGAUACUGAGCCCAUCAGCAUCAUCAACCUGAGAGUUGUUGCUCCUCCAGGUCCAGGAGGAUCUGGUGGACUGAUCACUGGUCUCUCAGUUCCUGCUCUGCUUCUUGUUGCUGCUGCUGCUGCUGUUGUAUUUUGAUCUACAGAAAACCCACGCAGACACGGGGAGAACAU